GCACGCGACUGGAUCCAAUCGGAUGUUUGUGUUUGUGAUUCAAUUUUAGUACAUAUCUGACUCCAAAUGCACCCAAUUGGAACCCAUUUAGCGUCAAACUGGAUGCUGAUUCUUCAUUGAACCGAUGCCCAUAUUCCAGGUUACACUCAAAUUUCCUUGCCCGUUGGAACUCUGUUCGGGAACUACAUUAGCAUAACGCACCAGUUUUGAAUAUUGUAUCGCUCGUUUUCACUUCCCCCAAUGCUCUCCCUGCCGAGGUCUCCUGUUUCGGCGUAUGACGAGUGCCGUUCUCCAUCUCUCAGGAGCAUUUAUUCGAGUUUAGCUAUAUCUCCGACAACUAUGUACGAAAGAAGACACUGUUUGCUCAAGAAAGCUCCUUCUAUCUUCAACCUUAGUCGAAAAAUUUCCAAGGUGAAGCGAUCUGGCUGGACCCUUUUGUUUGCAAUUGCGGCCAUCGCCUUGUGCUUCCAGUCGCAUUGGACUGAGCUAUGGUUUGGAGCCAGGGCUCAGGACAGUAUCUCGGCCAAGGACCUCGAAGAUCUUGGAACGGUCUCCCCUGGGGUCAAGAGUUUUGUCUCGCGGUCAUUUUUCCCCUCCAGUAUGGUUGAAUACCUUAUCCCCCGCAGAGACUUGCAAGUCUACAGUUCCACUGCUUACUAUCAGCAUUUUAGCAUGGACUACGACCCUCGCUUAGCUCCAAGCUUGUGGUUGAACGUCUUUGGCCAUUCUUACAGUGGCAAAAUCAAUCCCCGCUUCAAGCUCCCCUUCAGUUGGUCGUCAUGGGUCGAUUUUGACUCGGGAAUCGAAAGCGCUGUCAACCAGGUAGAGCACAAACUCACCUGUGGCGCCUUCAAACGGCUAUACAAGAUUGACCACGAGCUAACCCGGUGCGAAGACAAGCGUGGAAAGAAGAUGGCCAAGUUUGUGGGAUACCAAACCGAAAGUCUAUCGGGGGAGGCCAGACGUUAUAUCGGGAGCUCCUACAUGAAGUUUUCUGCCCCUCCCCCUGAGAGAGUCAUGUUUUUGGGAGUUAUUCUCGAGGGAGCACUCAUAAUACCGGUGGAUAAGACAAGGAGCCCUUCCAACGGUGAUUUGUUUGAUCUCGCAGAGCUCAGUGGCUUGUACAUACAGAAUGAGAUGGCCAGAAGCGGGCUGAGCGCUUUCGAUGUGAUCAAAGAGGGUGUUUCCCAUAAACGACAGGUUGCUAUGGUCUCCCGAAAGGUCUCCGGGGGGUUUGAGGAUACCGCUGGUAUUGGGGCUCCAGAGAAUAUCACCACAGAUAUCACGAGGAUUGUCAGCCAUGAGACGACCGAAGCUGCGGAUUUGGUCCACUUGACAAAAAAUGAAUUCUUCUGGGAUACCAACGCUAAGCUUACUGAAUUGAAAGUGGAGGCAGGGGAAUUAGAUUUGGAUAUGCGCUUGCUCUGUGCCAUGGAGAGGGAAUUAGCCAUAGCCCCUAACUUCACAAAGUACUUCCACGAAGCGCCGAUAAGUGGGAAGCCAGGGGGAGGCCAUCACUUUGACUGGAGGUUCUUCAAGAGCGCCCAGCUCUCGGACUACGAACGCCAGGCCGCGCUUCACCGUAUGACCCGUGCGUGGUUGCGGUUUGUGGAGACGGCUGGCUUAAGGUCGUGGCUUGCGCACGGAACGCUUUUGGGGUGGUACUGGAACGGCCUCAACAUGCCCUGGGACGGCGACGUUGAUGUUCAGAUUACGAUGGAAUCGUUGUACAAGUUGGCAAGGGAGUACAACCAGACAUUGGUGGUGGACUACACCUCCACCAAGGGCGAAGACAGCACUAUGGCUCUGAAUGCUGCGGUUGGAUCAUAUUUGAUCGAUGUAGGCCCUAGCUUCUUCUCUCGGCUUAGGACCAACGGGGAAAAUACGAUCGAUGCCCGGUUUAUCGACACCGCUACAGGGCUUUACGUUGACAUCACGGCGCUAGCGUUUACGGACGCCUCACAGCCUGACGGUGCCAUGACAAAAGCGAACCGACGCGAGUUGAAUGCUUUACUCGACGAAAACUUCAGCGGCCGCGAAGCGACGCUCAGAAACGACCCCGCUUACCAGAACCGGUUGAGCUCUGUGCAUUCCGAAUUAUUUUCGAGACAAGAGUUGUUCAACUGCCGGAACAACCAUUUCUACGCGUUAAGCGAGUUAAGCCCGUUGGUGCCUACGCUAUUCGAGGGCGUUCGAUCGGUGAUUCCUCGCCAGUUUGAACCAAUGUUGAAGCGAGAGUACAAACGGGGCCUCACAAACUUGGAGUUUGAUGAAUACCAAUUCAAGCCUGUGUAUCGGCUCUGGAUACCCAAAACCGUCUGCCCCAAUGAUAGAACCGGUGGAGAGGAAUGCGGCAAACGAAUUGCGUCGAGAAGGACCAACCGAGAUACCAAGGUUGAGUUGAUGAUUACCGGUGCCUACGUCGAGAAUCACUACCGUGAGAAAGAGAUUAUGCGGAUGAAACAGUCUUUUGUGGGGUACCGCAAGGUGGAUGAGUUUCCCUGUUUUAGGGUCGAUCCGUGGGUCAUCAAACGCACGAAAAAGGCGAUAGAAUUGUUAGAUAAAGGCUAGAUGUUUCCGCAUUUAAGAGGUUUGCUAGCUUGUCAAUAUAUCCAUGAACAGAUCACCGUAAUUAUUUUAUGAUAGGGCUGAAACUUUGGGUAGGCCCCAAUUGAUUUCCUCUCUUCACAGUGGAUUGCAACACUGGCGGAAGUGUACUUCAGGCCAUUUGACGACACGACUAAACUUGCACAGCCCUAAGCAUGUACAUCAACACUAAAUAAAAAGUAAUUCACCGAG